ACAGACUCGAUUUGUUAUGAGGUUGACAUGACCUUGUAAACCUGUCUGAUAUUGAUGCAUGCAUUACGCCGUAAUGAUUACGAACUACGUCAUACCAUUGGCAGUAUAUAAAGUGGUGUGUGUGUGUGAGCCGUUUUACUACCAGACUCACAUCAACCCAUAGAGUAGUCCCUCGUGUCGUUCGCAUCUAAUUGAACAGUUUGUCCUGUCCGUUGCCAGGACUGGAUUGAAAGUCUGUCGUUGCAAUGGGUCCCAGGAAACUUGUUAUGUUAUUAGUAAUGGCUGUAAUUAUUUGUGGAAUUCACAACGCCGAUGGAUGGCGUCGACGCCGAAGACGAAGACGAAGCUGCCCGGUGAUAAACUGCACGGUCGGUGGUUGGAGUACAUGGACGCCUUGUUCGGCACCGUGUGGCAACGCGGGAACGCAGUCGAGGUCGCGUCCAAUUACGAUGCAAGCGCAAUGUGGAGGGUCCUGUCCUCAUGCUCUCCAAGUAAACCGACCAUGUAAUCGCGAUGGAUGUAACGGACACGGCACCCCAUUGUCAACUUCCUGUCAGUGUAACCCCGGAUGGACGGGAACCUGCUGCCAAAACGAUAUUAAUGAAUGCGCCGCUAAUAAUGGAGAAUGUACUCAUACAUGUCAUAACACCGCUGGUAGUUAUACUUGUUCAUGUAACCCUGGGUAUAAUUUGUCAAAUGGAAAGUCGUGUAUAGACAUUGAUGAGUGCUUGGAUAAUAGCAAUGUCUGCGGAACUUUACAAUGUAGCAAUACCCCGGGCAGUUAUAUAUGUUCCUGCCAUGUAGGAUACAUACAAGAUGGCAAUUCAUGCUAUGAUAUCGACGAGUGCUACAAUAACAGUCAUGGCUGUGCUCAGAUGUGUGAAAAUACUGAAGGCAGUUAUAAUUGCAUAUGUUCUACGGGGUAUCAACUAGCAGUUGAUGGACAUUCCUGUACAGAAAUAUGAUCACUAUAUUCGUCAACAAGACAAUGGACCAUAUGCAAUCAAAAAAAUGACUUGAUAACUUUCUAUGUUAUAAUUGACUGCGUUUAUUCGACACUACCAUAUAUCUUAUCUUAUAUUAUAUUGUAUUUUUAUAUUUUUACUAUGAACGCUUAAAUACUCAUCAUUAAUAAAUCAUUUAUAAGUGG